AUGACCUGGGCACCCUGGCAUGUCUUGCAUAAUUGGUCGCCUUUCAAGAUCGAUGCCCUUGGUCUCGUCACCUUACUCGGAUCCGAGGAAGUCAACUCUGCCGUUGGCCGACUUGUCCGUAGCACCUAUCUCGAGUACCUUCCAUUGCUGGGCGCUUUUGUCAUUGCGGGAGAUCGGUUUACAGAGAAGGCAGCCGGCUUCAACCUCUACAACAUCUCCCAGGGUAUCCACACAACAGAUCUCUCUGCAUGGCUGACGCGGUGGAUUUCUUCUCAGCAUUUUGAGGUUACCCGCAGUUUUGUGGUCUGGAAGGUUACCCCACCUCGGUCUCGACGACACGAUAUCAGUGUGGCUAUGACCAUCAGCUUCAUCCUCGUCGGUUUCCUCGUAGCUCUGGCCAUCCUGUCCAGAGACUGGUAUGGCUUUGCCAACGCCACAGCCAUGAUCGUUUCGAUUUUGGUCCGUGCCUAUGUCAUCGGACAGCACCGUAUAGCCAUUGACGCUAUGGUGCACGAAGUGGUGCUUAAAUCCAACCCUGCUCCAACGGCAGGUCUCUACGAGGGCGAGAGAUCAAACCACAAGUUUUUGAAAGCAAACAAAACAACAGUGAGAACGAGAAAUCAAGCAUCCGCUACCGUUGUCCCUGGUGGUGACGCACCAGAGCAAAGUGUUUCUUCGCUGAAUGGUUCGAUUAUGAACAAGGCUUCCCCACGGCAGGUUCAGAUUACACAACAGGGACAAACAGGAAGCGAGGAGAUGACGAAGCCAGAUCCGAAGAGAUCGGAACUCAAGAACAGUUCUUUGUUCGGGAAACCCACAAAGGUACUCAUCAUUCAGCCGGACUCCAAAGCAGUGACCUUUUGGAUGCCAGAUGAGUUGUUACACCCGCCGUCGUUGUUCAUAGAAGGACCUCUUCUCCAACAUCCGCGGACAUACCUGUAUGUGAGAUCUAUCGGAUGGCUGGCGUUUGGGGUGCACAUCGUCACGAUCGGCAUGGCAGAUUUGGCCAGUCAACUGUACACUGUUGUCUUGCUGGUACUACCUACUGUCCUGCUCGUGCUUAAGUUCGGCUGUGACGACUCGAACUGGAGAUCCACCAUAGAUGUUUGGAGAGGGAGAUCCGUCGACCGGGUUCGACACCACAAGAUAGACGAGUCGAACGAGGUUGAUGAGAAUGCAAAUUCGGGAGAUUUUGUGAAGCAGCGCGAAUGUUGGAUCGGUUCACGGCUGAAAGCAGAAAUCUACGAUUGGCCGGCAUCCUACGAAUUCAUCGAAGAGGGAGAAGGAGAAGACAAGAAAUGGUUCAACCGUGUCCCCAAGGGCAAGCAGCGCUCAAGAAAGCGACAAGAUCUUUACGCAUGGCUUGCACUUACCGGCGAUGAGGAAGAGAGCAUGGACAAAUGGGAUCUCUUCCCUCAUAGCCGCAACGGCAACCAGGAGUGGUGGAAGACGUACUCACUGAAACGGGAUGCUUUACGGUGCAAUGCAAAUUUCGGACCGCAGCGUCUAGUUGUCACUCAUUACGACCUGGACGAACGACAGAAAGGCCUUUCCCUCGAUGCCAUUGGGCAAGCACAGCGUGAGCCUCACUUACGCAAACUCGCCGCUCUUCAGGUUACUACCACAGCCUUUCCAGCGUCCAGCCAUCAUUGGGUACCGGUUUUUGGGUUGGAAGAUACUGGGUUGGGUGAUGUCUCGCCGCAGAUGAUCCCAGACAAUGAGGCCAGACCGGUCUAUGACGGCAAUACAGUUUCGGGGUCUGUUUUAAGUAAUAGUCAAUCCGAUGCCUCUACGCCCUUGAUGAAGGACUAA